GAUACUGCUGAUGUUAUUGUUCAUGUGUCUACUUUCCAGAGGCUAUGGGCUGAUAUUUGUGAAGGGACGGAAUGGAUAUAUAUAUAUAUAUAUAUAGGAAGGAGAGCAAAGCCCUUGAAUUCUGGGCAUAUUUUUUUGGUGGUUACGAAAUUAGGGAGGUUAAAAAGGGAUGAGCUGAAUCUCUGGCUGAGGAAAGAGCAGGUGACUGGAAACUGACGAGAAGUAGUCACAAUUUUACAGCCAAUGGGUCCUGUUGGGGUUUUGCUGUUGAUUCUGUGCUGUAUUGCAGCUGGAGCUCAGUCAUCAGAAAAAACCUGCGAAAAGCCCAAGCUGCAACAUGGAAGAGUUCCUUUUUGGUAUUGGUCGGACCGUCCUAUAAAUACAGCCAUUACUUAUCACUGUUAUAUAGAUUACAUUCCGGUGAAUAAAGUGGAAGACAGCAGUUAUGGCACAGCCACAUGUACUGAAAAUGGCUGGGACCCUGAACCAAAGUGUUUGAAGCCGUGCGCUAUUUCCAACAAAGUCAUGGAAGAAAACAGUAUCAGAUUGGUCUUUGAAUACUUGUGGUGGUUCACUCCCAAAAUAAAACAUGGAGACAGCACUUCGUUUAAGUGUUUACAUGGAUAUGGAAUAUCUAACUCAAGCCUGUUGGAUGUGAAGUGCAAUGAUGGCGUUAUCCAUUACCCUAAAUGCACCAAACUAGUUGGCUGUCGGCCUCCACCAAAAGUGCCACAUGGAGAAACAGAGCAAUAUUACCGGUGCUAUGAACAUAACUCGGCUGUGACAUAUAAGUGCCACCAAAACUAUACCCUUGUAGGGGAGAAACAAAUUUCAUGUAGAAAUGGGCAAUGGGAAGAACCUCCAGUCUGUAAAGGGCCGUGCACUCUUUCCGAGGAAGUCAUGGAAGCAAAUGGUAUCAGAUUAGACAAACCUUUGUGGUGGAGAUGUUCCCCAGUAAAGCAUGGAUAUAUUGUUUCAUUUAAUUGUGCAAAGGCGUAUGAAAUAUCUAAUUCAAGUCUGCUGAGAACAAAGUGCAAUGAUGGAGUUGUCUCUUACCCUAAGUGCCUCAAACAACAGAGCUGUGGGUCUCCGCCAGUAGUGCCACAUGCAAAAACAGUACAAGGCCAAAUGGAAUCAUAUGAACACGGCUCGGUGGUGAGAUAUGUGUGUGCAAGAUAUUAUAAAUUGGAAGGAAAAGAAAAUGUUACGUGUAGAAAUGGAACAUGGGAUGACCCACCAGCCUGCAGAGAACCCUGCAUGAUCACCGGCAAAGACAUGGACAAAAACAAUAUCAACCGGAUAUGGCCAACGCCUUUUAAACAAUACGUUAAUGAUGGAGAAUUUGUUUUAUUUUUUUGCUUAGAAGGAUAUGAUAUAUCUAAUAAAGAUCUACUUCUUGUAUGGUGUGAGCAAGGUACAAUGGAGUAUCCCAAAUGCACUGAAAUGGAGGAAGGAACAACUCAAUUGCCCUACGACUGGAACAUGUUAGAAAACCUCGUAAAAGAAAAGAUGAAAACACAGAAGUCAUACAGCUAAUGGGUUUAUUGGGAUCCUUGUAUUUGCUGUUGUACAGUUGAUUUCUAAAAUUGAUUUCCCCUUCCCUUUUGCAAUCAAAAAUAAACCCAUAAACUGCACUGGUGAUGAUGAUGAUGGUGAUGAUGGUGAUGAUGAUGAUGAUGAUGAUGAUAUGCUUCUCCUCCGCUUUCUGCCUUAAAUAAACUCUCUACAGAUAUUG